UUGUUUUGUUAACCCUGUAAUAAACCAAGAUUACUUCUGUUUGUAUUGGUGGCUUAAAAUGCUAAAAAUAUGAAAUAAAUAGUGCAGUAGGGUUAACACAGGAUAACCCCAUGCAUUGUUAUCAAGUGAGUUAUCUUUGGGAUUGGUAAAUCAAUGGGUCUGUGAUGCUCAAAACUUGGUUUGGAAACAGGACUGGAUAAAUCCAUCUAGCUUGCCUCUAGUCCUGUUUUCUUUUAAAUCAGCAAAAGAUUAUUGUAGCUGUUUAAGUGACUUAUGAAAGAGGUAUGUGCAGUCUUUGAUUUCUCAGAUUACAGGCACCUCCUAAUCAUUUCAGUUACAAAUCCCCAAAAGUUUAUUCUGCAAGAGGAAAAACACACAUUGGAAGGUGUGGCAGGGAGCCCUGGCGCUGGUUCCUGUGCAGCUGAGACGCGCUGCUAGGUAACCGAUUUGGGCAGUUGGGCUCGCCAGUGCUGAGCGGAUCAGAGGUCCGGAUUGGCUAGGGGGCGUGCCCGGGGAGGCUGCACGGAGUUCAUAAAUCGUCUGAGCUACACCUCAGGGCUACUGCACUGCCAUUACUGUACAGACAGGCGCUGAGUGAAAGCCUCCUUUGUUUACAUCGAGGAGAGCGUCUGCUCCAUAGGAUGGCUACUACAGAACCCCUCAACUGCAAGACGGCGCCUGUGUACCCUGUUGUCAGCACUAAGGUGUUGUUAAAUCUGCACAACCGUGCGGCGUGUCAACACCAGUGCUCUGUCUGCCUCGUGAUUACUUAGUGACGACCCACACGUGUACCACAUCACCAUGUUACAUAUGGUUACAUACUGGUCCUGCUGAGUCAGGAUAGGCACAGAGCAGUUGGCUGCCAGGAUGCAGAGGCAGAACCAGCUGACGAUCAGCAGCCACCGAAGGCACUGCUGAGGGAGCAACAGGAGGCGUGGAUGAGGGGUAUGAUAAAAGUUUCAAUAAAUAAAAUGUAAGUGUGCGCAAGCCCACUUUGUUUAAAAAAUAAAUUGGCAGACGCUGUGUGUAUCAGAAGAGCACAACCGGGAGUUUACAGUAACAUGCGAUGUGCGUUCAGCAGAUAGAAAGCAGGUGUUGAGUGUGUAUGUCUGUGUGUCAAAUAAGACACAAUUUUCAACAGCGAAGACGUACAGUAAAGAAAGAGCUUUAAAUAUUUAUAAGACAUUCCCGUAUAUUUUUAAUUUUGACAUCGAGGAGAAGAGUCUUGUGAACACGAAACGCGAACUCCAGAAGACAUAAGACAAAAAAGAUGCUUGAGCUUGAUGACGAAAUGCAGUAACCCCGUCCAAAUCCUGCUUCGGCCCUGAGCCAGAUUCAGAUGUGUUGCGAGGCUGGAGUUUCACGCAGGAACUUCGAGCAAGACUCACGGAAGCUGAUCCAGGAUUUCGUAAGUGUUGAUAAAGAGUCACCCGAAUACCUUAACCAUGUGUCCAGACAAGUAGACAAAUACAGACACCAGACCGUGCCACUGAAGAAGCCAACAGAGUAUCCACUGAGAAUUGGGGGGCUAGAUGACACAAUCUAUGAAGAAAGGGAGGAUGAGCUUGAAGCAUGGGAAAACUUCUACAUGCCUGACCGAGUGGAGAUGAGAGUUAUCGGUGCCAUUGAUACCUUCCCGAGUCUGGCUGUGGGGCUGCAGCUGAUCAUUCUGGCAGGCAAAGAUGGCAACGUCUAUGCUUAUGAAAAUGAGGUGUUGCACCAAGUGGCUGACAGCUUGCAGGACCUCUUCAAAAAUGGGCUUGCCUUUCCUGGAACCAGAAUCUACAACUAUGGGGAAUGUUUUGAGUCAAUGACGGGUGAUGAAUACAGUGAAUUAUUGCAGAGUGAAGACGUAAAGAAAAUUAAAGAUGAGACCAGGGAAUUCAUCCUUAGCCAUGAAGAUGAAUUUCUGAGGAUACUGGCCUGCAUUGAAGAAAAAGAGAAUGCAGAAAAGGUGUCCAACGAAGUUGUACCUUGUAACAGCCACAUUGCAUCUGUUGUGUGGAAUGGAUUGCAAGCGUGCGCAUGAAUUGACCGUCAUUUCUUUGAAGGAUCAGAAUUUUAAGAACUAUAGAAAGUAAGGUACAUCAAUAAUGGGCAUGUUGGAGUCUCCUGCCCCCUUCCAGAGCGCUGGCAGUAGGGUGGUCGAAGCAGGGGGCUGAGAGUUCUGCUUCAUGUAGUGGACAGUUCUGUACUGAUCACACCGUGUAACAAUUUUUUAUUUUUUUUUUGUUCCUGGGUAGUAAGUGUUAUUUUCUAAUUGCUUAUGCCUCAAA